CUGAAAAAGCAACGUUUUAGUCAUGCUUUUGGCCGUCGCUCUCUUGACUUAGUCAAGGUUCUUUCUAUAUCUUUUUUGAUGGAUGUUUCUUCAUCUUCAUCGAUGGAUUUUAUCUCCCAUAUUAGGGUUUCUUUCUAAUCACAGUUGUGAUUUCUCCUCCUGUUUUUUUUGGUUUUCUUCCCUCUUGCUUUCUUCUUCUAGGUUUUGUUCAUGGCUUCCUCAUCCACAGUGCAUCAUGUUCCUGAGUUUGAAGAAAUACUAAAACGUAUGAAUAAUCUGUUAGAAGAACGUCACACUCACAGUUUUGAAGAUAAUGAUAACACAGAAGAUGGCCUAUCAGAUCUUAACAGAAAUAUUUUGUUCAAAUUUAAUUCAGGCAGAGAAUAUAACUUAAACAUACUUAACGAUGUUCUUUCCAAAGCUUGGAGACUAUCAAGUACUAUAUCAAUAACAGAUCUAGGAAGUGGGUAUUAUAAUGCAAAGUUCCAACUCCUCUUUGAUAUGGAAGCUACUUUACAAGGAACACCAUGGUCUGUGAAAGAUGAUCUAAUGUUACUGGAAAGAUGCAAGGAGGAUUUUCUGCUUGAAGAUUAUGAGUUCAGAUAUGUUCACUUUUGGAUUCAUAUCUAUGGUCUUCCUAUGAGUUUGAUGAACCCAAAUAAAGUUUUUAAUAUAGCAAAGGAAAUCGGUACACCAGAUCCCAUAGAUUCUCAACAAGCAGCUAAAUGGGGGAAGUUUGCUAAGGUCAGAGUUCGACUGGAUAUCAUUAAACCCAUUCCCAAAGACAUGAUUAUUAUCCUGAAAUACAAAGAGAAGAUCACUGUUACUUUCAGAGAUUUAGUUUCAGAAAAUGGUGAAGUGAAGAAUAUACCUUGAACGAGAUUUAGUUGCAGUUGACUUAAUUGAUAAACAAGUGAGAUGCGGCAGAAAUCUUGCAGGAACUUCCAGACAUAUCUAUCAUGGAUUGAAUAAACUAGUAAUCGAAUCCAAGGUCUCUUUUUCAGUUUUUGGCAUCAGAGAUUCAUAUGGCUUUGCACCAUACUUGUUGCAUUUGAAUUAGUACUCUUUUGUGUUAACUGUUAACUAUCUUAUGUCCUUUGUUGCUUUUGAAUUACUGAAUUAGUACUCUUUUGUGUUAAAAAUCAUAAGCCGAAGGAACCAAUGUCACGAACAGCAGUUUGUAACUUUUGAAUUAGGAACCAAUGUAACUGUUAAUUAUCUUA